AUUGAGUCAGCAUAGUGUCAUACUGAUAUUUAAAUUUAUUAUCGAACUUUAGUGCGUCGAACACUGUAAUGAUUAAAGUGCUCUGUUUGACUUUAAACAAACACUUUAUGUAUAAAUUUCUUAUUAGGAUCUAAACUAUUGAGUAUUCGUAGCAUUAGCUAAAUUUGUUCGAUACAUUUUUUUUCUUCUGAAAGUUAAUGUGAAAGGGAAAGGGUCUUUUAAGCGAGCAAAUUGACUGGAAUUAUGAUAUAUGGUUCCUUGGAUUUACUUUAAAACAUCACAGUCCUCUCGAGAAGAAGAUGGAUUUAAUUGAAGCAAACUCUACCCCUGAUUACGCACUUCAGUGUAUUAAAUGGUGUAUAGAACACGGUGACCUUGCUGCACUGACGGAACAUUUAAGACACCAUCAUAGUAAAGUGAAACAUGAAAUUAUUCCAUUGUUAUUUCAAGCUUUCUCAAACCAGCAGGUAGAAGUUGUUAAAAUUCUGCUCCCCUCGCUAGAUCAAGAAAUAUUGACACUAUCAAGUUUAAAUAGAGGAGCACUUUUGAACAAACUACUUUGUAGUGCUGUUGAAACUGGAGAUGUUGACAUUGUAAAAGACUUGAUAAACAAAGGUGCUGAUUUAGAUUGUAAUUUUCACGGCAAACCUAUAUUACACAUCGCCGCUUGUUACGGCUAUACGGACAUUGUUACAGUUUUAGUGGAUGCAGGCAGCAAAAUAGACAGUCGAGACAGAUUUGGUGAUGGUAUAAUACAUUCCAUUCUCACCUCACAGUCUUUAUCGAAGGGUACCGUUGUUCGGCUUCUAAUCAAACUUGGUGCUAGCCCACUUGUCAAAUCAUCUUCUGGAAAACUACCCAUUCAUAUUGCUGCCAAGAAUGCGCCAGAUGUUCUUAACGAAUUUAUCCAAGAGGGAGCUAAUGUUAACAUAGUUGAUGACGUCAAUAGAGAAACGCCAUUACAUAUCGCAUGUGGCGCCGCCUGUCGGGAAACUAUUUUGACUCUUAUACAAUCUGGAAGUACCGUUAACAUAACAAACAGACACGGACAAACACCAUUAGCAAAACUUUUAAAGUUCAUAAACAAUGACCUUGACUUCCAUACAAAAACCCGACUUGACAUAGCAAGAACGCUGAUUUCUCUGGGUUUUCGUAUGAAUUGUCAAACGUCAUGUACACAAUAUUCUAGAGGUCGAGAUAAAGGAUAUGACAAAUAUAAGUCACUCAAGUUAUCACUUAAAUCACCUUCUAGUCUCCAAAAUCUAUCUAGGAUUGCAGUGAGGGGUUCGUUUAAGUUCGAUUCAGACAUUGUGAAAGACAUUUGUCAACUCGAUAUACCUGUCAAUCUGAAAUCAUAUUUAUUGUUUAAUGAUGUAAAUUUGUAGUGUCAAAAUUACUGGAAAUUUCUUUUUCUAAAUAUUAUCGUAAUUUUAUUACACGUUUAAUUGAAUUUGUACUGUUGUAUUGUUUUAAUGAAGGUGCUACUGACCAGUAUUAAUUUAUAAAAACGACAUGCUGGUAAAUUUGACAAAUAAAAUUACAAUAAUUCUACCGAAUUUAUACUUUUAUUUCAACCAUUGAAAUACUUACGGAAGCGUUGAAGUGCUUACACACAGCAAACUCUUUAUAUUUUGAUACAAAUCUAAACUAUAUUAACUUUUAUGAACUUUAUAAGAAAAA